UUCCCACUAUGAUAAGAACUGGUUCUACACAUGAGCUGCUUCCACAGCAAGACACUUGUACUUCACACCUGUACACCUAUGGCAGUGCAGAUGUUAGCUCCAGGUCCAAGAUCUUCAGAGGAUGCCAGAGAAACGUUGUCAGGCCAAGCUAAAUCAGCAGAGGCUCCAAGAGUGGGGCAUGCCGGGUCCUCCAAGCCCUGGGAGGCAGAAAAUGGUGAAGAAGGACCAAGAUGGGAGCUGCAAACUAACAUGUUGGGGACAGAGAAAUCUGGACAGGAUCUCUGGACAAGUGGCCACUGCCAACAAGAAGCAUUAGAACAAAGGUGCUGUGUUGAUAAACUUCUUCAUUCUAUAGAAGAAGAAGAAGAAGAAGAAGAAGAAGAAGAAGAAGAAGAAGAAGAAGAAGAAGAAGAAGAAGAAGAAGAAGAAGAAGAAGAAGAAAGAAAGAAAGAAAGAAAAGAAAUGAUGGGCUUAAGGAGAAAAUUUGCCUUCAGCAGUCACUGACAGUGGCUUCUGGGAGAAAGAGAGUCAUCUGCAUUUGGCAAUAUAGUCACACCCACACUAAUAUGGGCAGCUCUUGUUGGAUUCCAUGGAUUAGUUAAUUAAAGUAUUUUAAAACGAGGCCUUGAUGUUGGGAGAGAAAGUCAUGGAGCUCCUAGGGAAGUGUAGAAGCAGGGAGCUAAAACCAAGAAAGACUGUAAACAUACAUUAAAUCUGAAAGAAAAUAAAAGGUGCAUAUUUUGAUUUUCAAAGAUUAUUCAGCAAGAUUUGAAACCGUUCCUGCACUGAAACAAAUAGACCAUUUUGAAUAACUACAGAAAAUAUAUUCCCACGACUACAUUAUUGUGAAACAUGGAAUCAUUUAGAAGAUGCAGAGGGAUACUAUACCACAAAUAAGGAGGUAGUUGAUUGAA